AUGGAGGAUUCAACCGAUAGAGAUACGAACGAGUCGAAUCGUCCACACAGACACUCUCUCCAAAAAGCGGGGGUUUCAAAUCCGUUUCGAAAAAAGCUCAGCGUUGAAUUGCCAGCUCUGCCAGAGGGUCGUCUGUUCGAACCCGAGCCGAGUCAAAGCGAAGAUGUAGGGAACGAGAACUCCAAUGCCGUGACACGACGUUUUGCGCGAUUCAAGAGGCUCUCUUCACCUUGGUGGCUCCGAAAGGGAGCAGGUUGGAUCUACCGAAAGAUCGGAGUCGUCGCCACGUACAGCGUCUUCUUCCUCCUCAUCUACACGCUCUUGUGGAUCCUAACGGGUAACAAUGCGCUACCAUCAAGAUGCUAUGCGUACACCCGCGUGCCCAACGCCAAUCUCACGGCCACGUCAACAGAGAGGGCUGCUGUGUGCUACGGAGGCUCGACGCUCGCCGUUGUUGUAUACUACGCAAUCGCUUUUGCUUGUGGACAGCUAGUGGAACUCAUUCGAAUACCGGGCCUUCUUGGUAAGUUUACUCUGUAG